UCAUAAAUGUUGCCAACUGAAAUCUGAUCUGAGAAUAACAUUAACGGGAAGGAGGCAACAGGAAGAGGGGAAAGGAAAUAAGGGAGGGAUAGAUAGGUCAAAGAAUGUUCUGUCUGUGAAAAUUGUGGAUUUGCUAAGGGCGUUGUCUGCUGUUGUGUGUGUGUGUCUUUGCGUGGUGUGUGUCAGGUCUUUCUUGCCUCUGUCAUUGAAAAGUCCUGCUGUAGUGCCUGGUUUGCUUUGUUUACAGAUUGUGAAAUUUGGCUCACGCAUGGGUGGGCUAGUUGAAAAGUUCAAAGGUUGCUGACUGCUCAGUAUAACUUGGGAGACUGUAGUCCCAGCCAGGGAAGGAACUUUCACCUACACCACACGAAACACUGGUGGCUCAACUUAACCCUUUGGCUCAAUUUACCCCACUCUCCUCUACCCAUUGUUUCAAAUAACACCGCUGACCCUCACUAGCUUGCGAAAACUGUAAAGUUCAUACAGUAAACCUGGACCAAGGAGCCCAUGAGGAAUCACUUAACCACCCCAGGGGACAUCGGAACCAGAAGAAAUGGAGCCAGUCUCUCUCCCACCGCAGUCCCGUGUCGCCCUCUGCGGCGGCACCCAUGGCAACGAGAUGUCGGGCGUGUAUCUGGUGAGGGAGCUGCAGAAGUUGGAGAAGGUAGGGUCGGCGACCUUGACCACAGUCAUAUCCAACCCGCGUGCCGUCCAAAUGUGCAAACGCUACACCGACGUGGACCUCAACCGUUGUUUCACCGACGCCAUACUCAGUUCACCUGUGACGGACGCCACUCCGUACGAGGUGAGGCGAGCCCAGGAGCUGAACACUCUACUGGGGCCCAAGGGCAGCGCGGGGGCCAUGGACCUGGUGUGUGAUCUCCACAACACCACAGCCAACAUGGGCCUGAGUCUCAUCUCCUACUCUGCCCAAGACUGGGUCAUCCUGCACAUCUAUAGACAAAUCCAGAGGAAGAUCACCUCAGCGCCAGUGAGGUUUAUCCUGCUGGAUCUACCACUAGCUGACGCCUACUCCCAGGACUCCCUGGGCAAGCAUGGCUUCUCGAUAGAGGUGGGACCUCAACCCCAUGGUGUGGUCAGAGCCGACAUCUUCAACAUCAUGAAGGAGGCGGUCGACCAGACACUAGAUUGGGUCCAGUGCUUCAACUCAGGAAGUGCCUUUGAAGGUGGCGAGGUGGACGAUGUGUACACCUUCGUGAAGAGUAUAGACUACCCAAGAGACCCAGAGACCAAUCAAAUCACUGCUGCCAUACAUCCCCAACUACAGGACCGUGACUUCUGCCUCCUCCAUCCAGGAGAUCCCAUGUUCCUGAUGUUUUCCGGGGAGAUAGUGAAGUACGAAGGGGUAGAAGUCCUCCAUCCCUACUUUGUGAACGAGUGUGCGUACUAUGAGAAGAGCAUUGCAUUCCACCUGGCACGAAAGAUGACACUCACUAUCCCCCCCUUGCGAGUGAAGAGAGAUUGAUGGGGAGGAAAAGAGAGACCAUUUGAAGAGCGGGAGAAUUAAAGGAAAAACACGCACAGAGCCUUAAGAAGCACUUACUAGUCUAACCUCAUUUUCAAUUGAUUUUUAAUUCUAUUGUUUUUAGUCAUCACCAAAUAUCCUCAGGAAUACUGUAUGUGAAAGGAUGCACGGUUUAAUGCAAUAAUCUAGUAUUUCAAUUAAACAUGUACAUUUUCUGUUUAA